AUGAGAAAAAGACCAAAGGCAAUACGUCCAAUUCGUCAAGUUAAUUUGUCAUUACCAAUUGUUCAAACUGAUGCAUAUGAAAUUUAUUAUACAGUACCUCCAUCGCAUGCUCAACAAUCACCAAUAAAUCGUCCAGUAACACGUCCAAAACCUCUUAUUAAAAAUAAUAAUAAAAGUAACAAUAAUAAUAACAGUAAUAAUAAUAACAAUAAUAAUAAUAAGUCGAAUAAUCAAACAACAGGAAUUCGAUCUUCAAAUCAUAGUAAACAUCUGACUGGUCCAGUAUUGGUUAGUUUAAUUGUUGAAAUGCCUCCAAUACCGACAGAUUCAACAUCUACAAUUGUUGAUGCUAUAUCAAACGCAUUGAUUAAUAGCGGUUAUUCGGGACAAACAUUACGUGCUGUACCGACCAUAGCAAAACAAAAUAAAUGUCCAAGUGUAAAAAAUGAUGAUGUAAAAUCUCAAACAUCAUCUAUUGAUAGACUUUUAUAUGAAUCAGUUGUAUCAUUUGAAAAACCUCGUAUAAAUAAAACAAAAAAUAAUCGAUAUCAAAAUGUUCAUCAUCCACAAUUAACAACAGUUAAAGUUUUACAAACACGAAGAACAACAACAACAAAACAUAUAUUUAAUUCUAAUAAUAUGCAUUUAAGAUUACCAAAUGUAUUCUCAUUAGAAAAUCUCUUACACGAAUCAAUUAUGUCAUCUCGUGUACGUCUUCAUGAACAAAUUGAACAAUUAACACGUAGUUAUUUUCCAACAAUACAACAACUUCGUCGUGGUCAUCAUCCUUGUUCUGAAUUAAUCAAUAAUCGAAUGCAUUUACAUCGUGAAGAAAAACGUGAUUUUGUUCCUACACUUUCUCGUUCACGUGCAGUUCGAUAA